CUUGUCCAGCAGGGGUUCCCCAGGAAGCGUUGCUCGGGAUUCGAACUGCCGUUAGGAACCUGGCAGGUCUGGCACGUUAACGCUUGCCAAAAUGGCUGUACCUUUUUAAUGGCGGCAUCUAAAGUCUCCAAAGAGCGCGUGGUAGGUGCCUCGUGGUACUUGGGGAGCAAAUAAAGGAACAACUUCUGUUGCUCUAACAGAAGAGAACAUUUACCGUCCCCUCGUCUGCGUCUCUGAUGCCCCGUGACCUCCGGUACUCCGUGGCCAGGCCUGUGCUCAUCUGUUCAUAUGUUCAGGGAGAUUCCUCGUUCCCUGAGAAGUGGCUGCUGUCCCCAUCUCCGCAGGGGUUAGGUGCCCCGCAGCGCCCACAGGGAAGGGGAUGCCCCAGGGGAGGCUGGGAGCUCCAGCUGCCACCAGGAGGCACUCCGGAGUCCGUGGGAGAGGUGCCCUCCGGUGGAAGCUGAAGAAAGGGUUCUGAGGACCCUGCAGUGAAAUCUUUUCCGGAAGAAUUUCCCAGUAGUUGACUCGGCUGGUCGUGACUUGUCCUAACAGAGGCAGCGUGCGAUGAUCCCCUUUCACUGGCGGGUUCUGGCAUUAAAUAUACCACAAGAGCACGCUGACUCUGCAGCUGUAAACAUGAUGUCUGGGAUGUUCCCUGGACCCGCCAUGCCUGCUUCAUGCACUCACAGGGAAAUGAACUUGCUCAAGGUCGCCGGUGAGGGCAGGGCAUCCACAGGACUGUGCGCGGCUUCCGUCUCUUAUCCGUGAGGCUGAUGUGUGUGUGACCCUGGAGCCUUUGCUGUUGAUCGACGGACCUCUUUUCAAGCUGGGUAGUGACGCGUCCCUGCCCACGGGGUGCGUGUGCUAGCCAUGGAAUUCCUGUGUGAAAUCUUUCCUUCGCGCAGGCUGAGCUUUCAAGGAGAGAAUAAAGGGGUUCUAGAGGCCAUCGCUUGUCCUGAACUUGAGGGCAGGUCUCAGUUUUUACCCUUUGAAUCUGCCUUAAAGGUUUGAGAAGACAACAGUGCUGAGUUGCGGAUGGCAGGCAGGAGAAACAGGUGGGAACCAGGCCAUUCUCCCGUGGUUCACAAAGCAAGCAUUUCAAAGGAAGGGAUGAACCGAAUAUUUGUUUUUAAUGGCGUUCCCUGGAUGCAGUUGUCAGACUUUCUCAUGGUCACAGAAAGCCUUGGCGGGAGGCUUGUCAAGAUGCAGGUGCCCAGGUGUGGCCGAGAGUCUCAGGUGAGGGGGAUGGGGGGAUCCCAGGAACCUGCACGAUGCCCAGGUGAUCCCCGUGCCCGGGGAACCGUGGCUGUGCUGUCCUCACCCCAGGCCCCCUUACACAGCUUUGGGGGACUCUGACACCAUACUCUGCCCUGAUGGUGAGCCCGAAUGCUGGGGACAGGGCUGGGGAGGACGUGACCCCAGCGACUUGCGGGCUGCUCCGAAGAGAAUCCGCGUGACUGCCACGGUCACGUUCGCCCAGCGAGUUUGGAAUGAUGUUUUCCCUGUGGAAAUACACAGGUGGAGACACUCUGCGGCUGGCUUGCCAUGGAUUAUGCUUUAUCCUCGUCUCAGAAGGGACUUUUGACUCUUUGCACACAGUUAGAUGCCAAGUAGGAAUUAAUGAAAAGCUGAGACAUAAAAACCCCAAGUGAGGGAGGGACGGGGGAAGGGUUAAGGAGGACGGUGUAAAUCCAGAAUGGUGAAGCCCUGUAGACGUGCAGGGCCCUGAGGAUGCGGUAAAUCAUCUGUGAAUCCCCGGGACCCUGUGUGUCCGUGGCCGCUCGACAUUAAUCAGAAACCACCCACUGAAGGCCUGGCUGGCCAAACAUUAAUCACAAAGCAGUGAAUCUCAGCACGAGCACACGGGGGGACUUUUUUCUUUUCGGAAAGGAGUUCAGAGAGAGAGGAAGAAAGCCAACUGGGGCGUCCGGGGUGAUCUCCUCCUUCAGAAGGAUGAGAGCACGGUGAUUUGGAAAAGAAGAGGUCAGGUCGAUGCUGGUAAGCGUCCAGGUAUGACCUGACAGGGCGACGUGGUUGAUCUCCCAUUGCCACUGACAGGGAAAGAAAAGUCAUUUGCAGUGAAAACCUACACUAGCCCCUUUGCCCGAUCUAGUAUUCUUUACGUGAGAAGCCCAUCUUUGCCUGGCUCUCUCUGCGACCGACGUUCACCUGGGUAAUGUUUCCCUUUGGAAAAAUAAUCCAGGUAAGGAGCCAGGAUGUUUAGGCUAGGCUGGAUGGUUCUGGGAUUAUCACGUUUUUGCUAAAUUCAAGUCCGGUCUUUGCCGUGUUGUCUACUUACAGACCGUGUCGCGGCUGUGAGACUCUUGCUAUAACACUUGGAGCUUGUUCUGAGAGCCCUGGUUUGGGUCCUGGCGGAAAGGGGAGCUCAGCACGGUGGCUCAGGACGCACCGGGGGCAGCAUCAGGCCCUGGGCUUCUCACCCACCUAACCUCCCGGGGGCUGGGAUUUGAACACUCUGUGCCCACGUGAUUCCCUCGUCGGAAGCGCACAUUACUGCCGCCUGCCUCUCCCUUGGACUGAGUUCUCACGGUAUUGGGGUUGCUGGAAUAAUUCAUUCCCCUGAGUCCCGUAAUUGGGGGCUCAGGGGAAUUGUUCACUUUCUGUAUAAAAGUGUGAAGCACAAUCAUUUUCUCAAACAGGGCGAACCACGUAAUUACACUCAUUAAUUAUUUGCCUUAAACUUCAUUGUUGAGGAAAACAAGAAAUUGGCACAGCAGACCUUGAAAACGGUGUUGUUUUAUAAUCGAAAGAAGGAAAUCCGCGUUGGUUAAACGGUCAGUGCUCUGGGUGUCCCGCAUGUACGUUACCUACGUGUGCGAACAUGCCCGUCUAAGACGCCAGGACGUCGGCCUAAAACCCCACCUGGAGCAGCCGGACGUGUGCAGACCCUGCGGCGAGGCGGCCGACAGUGACAGCAGGCCCAGCUCAGGCUUCUACGAGCUGAGUGAUGGUGGUUCCUGCUCCCUGUCGGCCUCCCGCACGUCCGUGAGCAGUGACCGCGUGUACUCCUUGGGCACUUUGCUGCCAGCUGACCCCACGGCCAGGCCCCGGUCAGCCGACGACACCACCGUGCAUGGAGCCCCCCUGCCCACCUGUAGACCGCAGGCCACCGAGGAGGGCGAGUGCCGGCCCAGGCCUGUGUCUACAGGUGAUCUCGAAAGAGUCCUGCCGUCUGCGGUGGUGCCCCAGAAAGCCAGCACAGACCCCACAUCCGCGACCCUCCUCUGCCACGGGAUGGGGCUGCCAGCCCACGGGCCGGACCCCAAGUACCGGCGUGACCUGGUGUCCACGGGGGGCAGGGAGGUGUACCCGUACCCCAGCCCCCUGCACGCUGUAGCUCUGCAGAGCCCGCUCUUCGCUCUGCCCAGGGACGCCCUGCACGCCGACUCCCAGCCGCCCCCUAGGAAGCCCCCUCCCGGCCCCACAGGCCCAUCGAUCCCGACAAGACCUGUCCUUGAGGCCGGCCCCGCUGCAGCCUAUAUAGACAGGCUACUGAGGCUGCGGGCCCGAGGGACCCCCGCGAGGAGCAGUGUGGGUGAGCAGGGGCCCCCAUCCCCGCAGGCACUUGGUGGCCAGAGAGCAGACGGUCCAGACGGCCUAGAGAAGCUGGUGUGCACCCCCGGGAGAGCAGGAGCGGGCAGGCUGGCCCAGAGAGGGGACGCCAGCAGGGACCGCCUCGAGCAGCAGGGUGUGGGCACCCCGCGUCCCAGCAGCCUUCCAAAGGGGGGACCCAAGCCCUCCAGUGGCUGCGCCCGUGGGGACACCGUGCUGGGCUCCCCUCUGCCGAGGUGUGGGCGUGCCCAGGUGGCCGCCAGCAGUCAGGAGAGGACAGUCCUGUCGCCUGCCAGGAAGGCAGGAGGAGAGAACCCCGCUCUGGCCCCCGAGGGGUGUGGCCGCCCCCCAUUUGCUGUCAGCGGAGCUGCUCUCCUGGGGCUAAAAGCGGGCGCCCCCAGGACAAAGGCUGUGAAGAUCAGGAGAGGGGCCAGUGACAAGGUCCUGAGGUUUGGGGGGCAACCGCCAGCGGGAGGUGCCCUCGCCACCCCCCAGCUGCCUCCCGAGUGGGGGGCCGGUCUCAGGAGGAGGCCCACGCCGGCCGGGGUGGCUCCCAGCCGGUCCUGCUCUGAGCCCAGACUCUACCCCGUGCCCUUCCUGGUGCCCCUGCUGGUGGCCCAACGGGAGGCCCGCGGGGGCCCCGCGCUGGCCUUGUUCCCCUCAGAAGCGGCUGCUGUGGCGGUCGCGGGGGAGGCACAGAAACAGCGCCGGUGGCUGUCCUCCGUGGAGGUCUCGGGCAGCCUGGGGCCCCACAGGCCGGCAGUGAGCAGAGGGGGCGGGCAGCGGCCCGUGUGCGUCCGGGCCAGGCCCAGGCUGCCCCCCCGGGCCCCCCGUGCCAGGAGCGAGUCAGAGGGCUCCGAGCACUCUGCCGAGGGUGCCUCCCUGCCUCCGUCCGCUGCCACCGAGACCAGCGAGGACGACAGGGCCAGCGACCACACUGCCAGCUGCUUUGGGGACAAGGAGUCCAGCAGCAGUGACUCAGAAGGCGGGGCCUGGCCUGGGGCGCGUCCCCCACAGCUCCCGCGGGCCCCAGCCGCCCGCAGGCCGCCCCUGCCCCCCGUGCCCAAAGUGUGCCGGAUCAAGGCCUCCAAGGCCCUGAAGAGAAAGAUCCGGAGGUUCCAGCCGGCGGCACUGAGGGUCAUGACCAUGGUGUGAGGCCCGCAGGAGACGGCCCGGGGCGUCCCCGCCCGCGCCAGGGAAGCCGUCCUGAGGAACCGCGAUGACAGCACGAGACCAGCCCCAACAGGUGGACGGCCGACCAGAACUUGGGAAAAACCGUAAGAAGACUAGCCAAAGCGUCUGUGGGUUUGUGGACAUUCAUGUAACAGGCAGCUAGUUUCAGGAUGUGGUUUAGAGAUAAACAUUUUAAAAAGCAA